UCGGCAAUACUCGUUCGGACGUCUUGGUGUUGGUUGUUAUAUCGCUCCAUCAGUACUGGUACGCCAUACAUCACCAUAUCUAGCUACACCCAAUGUCCAGCCACAUGAGUGCAACCACAGUGGAGAAAUGCCAUGUCUCCCGACAUCGGCACCUCCCCUCGGUCUACAGAAUACCUCGUACAGAUCGCAUCAUAGUAUACGAAGGUGCGACUACUUUACGAGUACGGGCUGCAGUCUUCGGAUCCCGCUUAACCAGCACACCUCCCAGCUUCCCGAGAUCUGCAAACGUGCAGAUGAUGCUGCCGACUACAGCACCAAGUGGCAGAGAUGAGAAAUCCCACAGUCCAGCAUUCCAAUUGACCUGCUCUGCACCCUCAAGGCUGUUUCCCUUUCCCUCUAGCCGGAUUCGUCCACGUCAUCGACGCAACUCCCGACGGCCUGGAGGUUCUCGUACAGUAUGCAGCCAAGGAAUACGUCACAGGUGCGUUGGAGAGAAGGAGCGGGGGUCAACCCGAGAUCCCCGCGGACGAGAACACCGACCUUUUGAGGUGGAAUAGAUAUGGAAAAUUCAGUCACGCCUCCUAAUAACAUAUCUCUACUAGAGCUUGUAGCUCUGGGUAUCGACUACACAGGAGUAUGUAACU